AUGAGCAGCCUCAGCGCUGUCCGUGCUGGGCGCCUCGAUGUGCCAGGGACCUUCCUGCUGGGGCUUUUACUAUUGCUGAGCCUGGCUGUGGCCCAGGUUGUAGCCAUUGUGGCAAUUGGUAUCACCACAACUACCGAGCGGCACAUUGAGGGGCACGUUGGCAUAGAAGCCUUUGGCGCCUGCUCAACCCAGCUGACAGCGGAAACGAUGCACGGAAAUACAGUAUCUCUGGGCCCAACGGACACAGACGAACUGGUGUCUAGUGUUGCCGAAUAUGCCCUUCGGAGCCCCAAAGUACUGCUUGUUGGCGGAGACUCCAUUGCAAAGCUGUACAAUAAUGGGCAGACCAACUCAUCAGGCAGGGAGGAAAUAAUCUGUCAACGCCCGGGCUAUCUUUCCCUGAAUCAUACCGGUGGACCAGCGCAGCUGCCGAUGAGAGGGAUUCGUGGAAACCGGAGCUUGAUUGUAGAAACGACAGCCUCACUUUACACGACAUUUGCAAACUGUACUCUUGGAUCCGGGCGCUACGAAACCUUGGCACCUAGCACCCCGUGGUCAAGUCUGGGGCCCCCUAUGAGUGAGACAAACGAAAUCUCGCAUUUCUGGUUCUGGUAUGGCCUGGUGAAAGGUCCUCAGGGUGGGCAGGUGCUAGAGCUUCUCGGCAUGGAUUGCUCUUCGUACUUCUACUUAGCCGAGAAGAAGCGUCCCAAGCAUGCCAACUGCUCCGUCAUGUACUCAUGCAACACGACGGUUUCCCUAACCAAAGAGCCCCUGAGUAUCUCGCUCUUGGAGGGGGAGCAGCGGCAGUACACCCGAAACCUGUUGCCAUCAGCACCGAAUGGGACUGUGCUGACUGACCUUCACGGGGCGCUAGGGUCGUUUGACAAUCUUCUGACCAAUGUGUCCAAGUGGUCUAAGCAAUAUUAUCUUCCGGGGAUGGGGAACGCGGUCAUCAAAACGAUGCUGUUCCCGGGGCGGCCGUACUCCCUUGCGAUCCAGGAGCCAGAAGGGCUGCUCGCAGCAAUGUGGGCAGUCCAGGGCAUUGCCAGUCGUUGGCAAGAGUGCAAAGUAGAGUGGGGUGAGCUGCCGGCGGGGGAAGACUUCUUGGUCCUGCAUGUGAUCCCUGGAGUUAUGGGGCCCAUUGCUGCGGCAUUUGGCGUCGUUGCAGCGCUGCUCCUUAUCGCGUCCUUACUUCUCGAGCUGACCUCCAAGGUCAACCUCCCCUCCCAUCCAGAGCUAGCUGUCCUGGCCCAGAGUUCGGAGCAGUGCCGGGUGUACAUGCUGGGCUUCAGCAACGCACGCGAUAAGGACUGGGAUAGGUGGACGAAGGAGCAUGUGCUGCACGUGCAUAACGAGGAGUCGGCCACGGGAGCGCCCCAAUUGGCGCUGGCAAUCGAAGGUACCCGUACCCGUGAUACUUGGGUCUCUCACGGGCCGAAGGACUUGUACGGUUGA